AAUAACACGGAAAAACUCCUUAAUCCGAACCAUAUACAGUGUAUUUUGGAUUACCGAGACUGUAUCGUGUAUAUUUCUAGUUAACCUGUAUACAUAUUAUGAAAGAGAAAAGAUAAAUUAGGAAAACUUCGUAUCAUCUUCAACGUGAUUGGCAAAGAGUUUUUCCGAAUCAUCCUAUCAGCGGAGAUAGUGUAUAUGACGACGAAUGUAUUAAAUAUAAUGAAACAAACAUCUUGAAGGAGAUUCAUAAUAUUAUUCGCCAUGUCUGGAGUCUGGUAUUGCGUUUGCAUCCCAACUGAGAGCCACGAACAAAAAUUAUAUUUUUUUGAUACUCCCGAAGAGAAGAAUAAACACGAAAAUCAAGAAAACAAAGGAUACCAAAAUGGAAAUAUACUGAAUAAUAACAAUAAAAUUUCUCAGGAUUCGUGUGUUAUUCAGUUAAACGAAAGUAAAAAGGAUGAUCUAAAAAAAGUUCCUUUGGAUGAGGAUGAUGAAGAUGCUCCUUUAGCACAGUUAUUAAAACAAUGCCUGGACAAACUAGAAAUUCAAGAUGCAGUAUGGAGUACCAACAAAGAAAACACUUAUCACCAGAUUUAUUUUCCUUGCGGCCCCGGGAUAAGAUCAGAUUAUGUGCUAAGAACAUUAAUGGAGAAAGGAAUUGGUGUACGUUCUGGAUCUACAAUUGGGUUGGUAUAUAAAAGUUGUUCCUUGCGCUGUCUUUUAUCGAGACGAAGAUUUAGAUUCAGAUGAAGCAAUUUCUUCGGAUGAAGAACCAGA